AUGAAUUAUCUAUCCCAAUCCAGUCGAAUAACUUUCUUAUUAAUUUAGCUGAAAACCAAAGCCUUAAUUACAGCUGACUAAUACUCUAGACUUUGUGAUCAUGUUGCUAAGGAUAAUCUACAAUUAAAACAGUUGCUUAUUUCUUAUGAAAAUGGUUUAUCAUAAAGUGACCUUAUUAAUGAACUUUCUAAAAUGCUCAAUACACAAAAUGGUAAUGAAAAUAUCAUUAAAUCCUAUUUGUAAGUUUAUUCAAUAUUAUAUUAGUGAUUCUAUUAUCUAUAUUUCCAAAUAACUGAAGAGCAAAAUUAAAGAAUUUUAUCGUGAAAUUAAGGUAAAUUGAAUUUAAUUUCGAUCUUAGUAAGAUAUCAAUGAAAUUUAUAAAGAGUGCUUUCUAGCUCAGCAUCAUUAACAGGAAGUAAAAGAUCUUAUUAGAUUGAUUCUUAAGCAAUUUUAUAUUAAAGAAUUCAGCUUAUUACAUUUUAAGUAAGAUGAUUAAUGUCAUUUUCUUACUAAUAAUUUUGAAUCAAUAAUAAUUUAGAAACCUUAAGAUAUUAGAUUAUUUACUCAAUCAUAAUCUUCUCAUUAGCUCUUAAAUACUUCAGCAGAAUAUUUUACUUUAUUAAAAACUGAAAAAUUACCGUAGUUUUAUGUGAUAUCAAAUAAUGAUGUAUUUUUUUUUACUUUUACUGAAAAAAUGAAUGAUAAAUUUAAACAAUAUCUUUUAAUUACUUAGCUUUAUAAUCAUAUAAUUUCAAUGAUAAAAUAAGGAUGCUAAAUAGUAGUAUUAAAGAAAUUGUAAACAAUUCGAAUGGAAAUAUUACAAUUUGUAUCAAGAACCAUCUAUCUUUUAACUUAUAAAUUAGUGUUUCAUAUUUUGAUUUAAGUAAUGAAAUAGUUUAAUUUGUAAAAUUUUAUUAGUCAGAUUGAUAAUGAAUAAUUUUAAGAAUAAAAAAUGACAAAUUAUCUAAUGUUAACUUUUAAAAGUGAAUGGGAUUGUGUAAAUAUAGAUUUAGAAGGGAACUUUUCAAUCUAGUUAAAAGAGAAAAUAUAGAGUACUUUUAAGAAGAGUGUUAAAAGAUAUAGUAAAAAAUUAAAAUAGAAAAAGAAUUUGUUAGAAUCAUUCUAAUAAGUUACUUAACAUAAUGAAAUGAUUAUGUGUUUAUUCUUUAAUAGUUACUUAUAUUUGUAUUAUAUGACAGUUCAAUGGAAUCAUGAUUAAUUUGUGUAUAGUAUUGAAAUAAAAAUAGGUCUCGAUUCAAGUUAUCUAAAGAAAUAAAUUAUGGAGAUGCAAUAUAUAAAAUUUUUGAAAAAAAUUCAAUAAUAAUUUAAAAAGUUAAAGAAUUAAUUGAAUCUAAAAAUGAUCAUUUGGAAUAUAAUGAUGGAUUUUAUAAAUUUUCAUUAAAAUUAGAGAGAAGUAUUAAAUAGGAAAUUAAGUAAAUUUCAGUAUAUUUAUUUAAUAUGUAAUUUAAGAGGUAUUUAGUUAUAAAUAAAAAUAAGACCUCUUGGUGAAUUGUUGUAAAUAUUUCGAAGUAAGGUGAAAAUAUUAUUAACAUUAAAGAGAGCAACAUUGGCAUUUAAAUCGAAAUAAUUAAUGAUGGAUAAUUAGUUUUUUCGAUAAUCAGCUUUGGUAAUGUAUUUACCAGAUCAUGAUAUGAGGAAAUUAGCUGUAGUUUAUAAUUAAGAUCAUGAUUAAGCAUUAGAGAAAUACAGAGCAUUUACUAUGAAAAAACAAUCUAAAAAAUUAGAAUAGUUUUUAUCUAAAUAUGAGGAAGAAGAUAAGAAGAAUCCAGAUGGAAGAAGGAUUUCAAUAGAUCCAAAUUUAUAGGAGAAAUUAUUAGAUUACGAAUUUAAUUUAUUAAACAAGAAAUAAUACAAGAAUAAGUUUAUAAUAGUAUAUAAUAUAUUUGAUAUGUGUGAAUAUGGUAAAUAAAAUCCAAUAAAGAAUAAGGAAUUCAUUAAUUUUUUGACAGCUGUAAAAUACAAAUAUAAUAAAACAUCAAAUCCAUUUCAUAAUUUUACUCAUGGAGUAAAUGUAAUGCAUGGAUGUUUUCUUUUUGCACAUCAUCCAAAAUUUGGAUCUUGUUUUAGUGAUUUAUAAAGAUAUGCAAUGACUUUAGGAGGAUUAUGUCAUGAUGUAGGACAUCCUGGAAUGAAUAAUCUAUUUUAGAUAAAUGCUUAAACUAAAUUAGCUUUAUUAUAUAAUGAUAAAUCUGUAUUGGAGAACCAUCAUAUAGCAGUAACAUAUAAAUUAUUAGCCUUAAAAUAAUGUGAUUUUUUAGGAACUUUGCCUAGAGCAGAUAAAUUAAUGAUUAGAAAAUAUAUUGUUAAUAAUGUUUUAGCCACUGAUAAUUAAUAUCAUUUUAAAUUAUUAAAUGAUAUUGAAAUGAGAUUUGCUUAAUCCUAAGGAGAUCCAAAAAUAUUUUGUAUAUAGAAUUUAUAUUUAUUAGAAUCUGAAGACAAUAAACUUUUAUUAAGUGGAUUCUUAACUCAUGCAUCUGACUUUUUUGGAGCAGCUAAAUCUUAUUAAAUAGCUAGAACAUGGAGUGAAAGGUUAAGAAGAGAAUUUUAAGCCUAAGUAAAUUUCUAAUUAUAUUAUUUUAUAGUCUUAAUUAGAAGAUAUUGUUGGUAUAGCUUAAACUCCAUAUCUUAGAAAUUUAGAUGAUGAAGUUUAAUAUGCUAAAAAUGAAAUAGGAUUCUUAAAAGUUAUUGUUAAACCAAUUUAUGAAUCUUUAAAUCAGUUCUCAGAUGGAGCAAUGUCAUUAUAAUUGGCUAAUAUCAAUCUUAGUAUCAAAAAAUAUUCAGAAAUAGUUGAUUCAUAGAAAUAAUAAUAAUGA